AUGGCACGACGUGUACAGGCCCAUCACAGCACGGAAGACAGAACGUCCCAACCGACGCGAUUACAACCUGACCAUAGAAUUCUAGGAGGGGGUUGCGGGUUCGAACAUUCUGGACUCGUGGUGAGGGAGCGUGAUCUUGAUCUGCGCUUGAGUCUCCUCCUUCUACGGCAGAUGGAGUGGUGGGAUAAGCUAGUCCACCCGAUGCGUAGUGUUUGGAUUAGCAUCGCUACCCGCCUCGGCAUUCGCAAAACAGGAUUGCUGAAAAUACGAAAUGAAGUGAAGGCUUCUGAAUAUCAUGAUAUACAUGUUAUGUGGGAGAUGCUGAAAAGAAACGAGUCAGAGUUGACUGGAUCUCCUGGAAAAAGCAAGAAGAGGCACUAUUUGAAGCUGUUCAGAUGGGCUAGGUGUGCUCCAUGUAUUAUCCGCUCCUGAUGUUCAUGACACGGAGUCUUUCUCUGCCCAGAAUGCACCACCUACAUCGGUGUGGAUUUUGUGUUUAAUAAAGGGUACAGAGGAUUCUAUGUACUGUAGAACAUGAUGUCCUCUGAAUCAAAUAAGUUAUCUGUGAAUAUCAAGCCAAGCUCUCCUGCCAGUUAGUUUCCUUCAUCGUCCACUGUGGUUUAUACCAUAGGAAUGUGGCCCGUCCCCUGCUCUCGUGCUUUGUAGCGUUAUGAACCUCUGUGGUAUCUGUAGUCUGUGCUGUGCUUCAUCAUCUUGGAAGGCACGACCAGACGUUCAUGUACUUCUACAGUAUAUAAUAUAAAGUAUUAGCUUUAUCUUGUGUUUUGGCUAAGGAUGUUACCUUUGAGUUUUGAGGGGAACUCUAAUCUCAGGAUGUUAAUUACUUUCGAGGUAUACUCUCAAAUCCUAUGUACUUAUUUUACGCCAAUGUAAGUUGUCAUGUCCGGACACAGUUGGUGACUUAUUUUGGGACUAAAACACACCACUUAAAGUAAAAUCUAGGUGAACCUUUCUUUC